GAAGGGUGUGUGUGACUGUGUGUGUUUGUGUGUGUGUGUGGGUGUGUGUGUGCACAUGUGGAUCAGAGAGAAGCGUGCCGUCUACCCCGCCACAAAGGAUUACGCUUUUUCUUUCUUUCAUUCUUCGAGGUAAAAAGAGGUAACGAAUGAGCGGACGCGGUGGGAGGGGCUUGACGUGCUGCAGAAGCUUCGGUUCGACCUGACCGCCGCGUCGGAGUUUUGGCUUAUUGAGCUGCUUGCAGAGGAAUCUGAACCAAAGCAACGACUUGGUCCCGCUGAGCUACCACUCCUCUAGCUCCUCCUUUUUGUAAAAUAUUGGAUGCUCAACGGCAGCAUGGACGCCUCCUCUCUAUCAGACAUUGACAAUCAGACCUAUGUGAACGGCCACUAUUUCCUUGGGGACAGCGUCGAUGGCUUCGGCGUCUCCAUGGCCGUGCUCUACCUGGUGGUUUGCAUCCUGGGCCUAGCUGGGAACUCCCUCGUCAUUGUCGCCAUUUUGAAGUUGGACAAAAUGUCCUCCUCCACGACGGUGUACAUUUUCAACCUGGCCCUGGCCGACGGGCUCUUCAUGGUCGGCCUCCCCUUCGUGGCGAGCCAGAACUUCCAGAACCACUGGGUGUUUGGCGACGCGCUGUGCAAGGCGGUGAUGGCGCUGGACGGCAUCAACCAGUUCACCAGCGUCUUUUGCCUGACGGCGAUGAGCGUGGACCGCUACCUGGCGCUGGUCGACCCGCUGCGCUUCGCCCGCUGGAGGACGCCGCGCCGCGCCAAGGCCGUCUCGGCCUUCCUCUGGCUGUUCUCGCUGCUCACCAUCCUCCCCAUGGCGCUUCACUUCGCCGACCGGGGCCUGUGCGUGCCGCACCUGGUUCCUCACGACUGGUGGCUCGGCAUCCUGUGGUACACCUUCGCCGUGGGGUUCGCCUUGCCAUUCGUCGUCAUGACGGCGUCCUACGCGGCGCUGCUGCGCCACCUGAGGGCCCAGCGCCGCCGCGCGCCGCCACCGCCGCCCAACCGGGAGGGCCAGCGGCUGGAGCGGCAGGUGGCCGAGAUGGUGGGGGCAGUGGUGGUGGUGUUCGGGGUGUGCUGGCUGCCCUUUUACACCUUCAACUUUUGCUCCCAGUAUCAGAGCGGCGUGGCCCAGGCCUUCGCCAGGGCUUUUGAGUUGGCGGUGCUGCUGUCGUACUCCUGGAGCUGCGCCAACCCCAUCCUCUACGCCUGCUUCUCCGAUACCUUCAGGAGGCACUUCCGCACCCUCCUCUGCCCCGCCGCCAAGUCAUCUCCCAGCAUGCAGUGCAACACUGAAUGGUAUGACUUAAAUGACACAGGUGUGCGGGAGGUGACGAUUCUGGCGUAAAGAGGCCACCAUUUAACUCCUUUCCCUUUCUUUAGACUUACUCAUUUGACUGCUUGUAGGUAUGUGGUACAUUUGAUAUGUUUGGAAUCUAUAACUUGUACAUAUUGUCUUGCCCUUGGCGAUCCGAUAUGUUUGAUUUUAUUUUUUUAUUUUUUUUGUUCACCGCUUUCUCAAAUGCAGAUGAAUCUUUAAGUUCAACCUCUCCCCCACUGGGAGAAUUCAAACGCGGUACUUUCUCACGCCUUUCUGAGCCAAAGUGGAAGAGGAAGAAAUGUGAAGAGCAUACUUCCUUUUGGAGUAGGAUCCCGCCUCCUGCUCCGUACGACACAAACUGUGCUCUAAGUGAAUCUGCUCCACUGCACAUCCUGUUGUGCGACAUCUCAGCAGAACUAAUGACAUGAGAGACAAGAGGGAUGACUCGUGGACAGGUGGCGGGAAAACAGAAGAACGCGGUUCACAUGGCUUUGGUCAAACACAAAUGCAGACGCACACACGCUUCGUCAACCCCCACAGCUGGAUUAUGUCAAACGUCUCCGUGUGUGUGUGUGUGUGUGUGUGUGUGUGGUAGGCCGUAUUCCUGCACCCGCACACAUGCAUGUAGGGAACCUUGUGUCCCGCAGGCGCACUGCGGUGUUCUGCUUGAGUGGGAUUUGGCUAAAAGCAUAAGGACAGGUGAACACACCCAGUGACACAUUUACUCUAUGGAUUUUGGCACAUCAGUUCAUCUUUUAUUGUAAAAUGUCACUAGUUGAGGAAUGUCAGUCUUGGGAUUUGCUUGAUUGAAAAUAAAUUGUGACAAAACCCAAGGCUUUCAUAAAGUCACGCAGAGGCAUGUCACCCACUAAGUUAAGAUGUCCAUGUACGGCAAUAGCAGCCCCAUGCUUCUCAGGGACGUGACUUUGGUUUUAAGACUCCAAUAUGCAGGCAUAAUGCAUUGUGGGUGAUUUGAUUCGAAAGGGGUCAAAAACGCAUCCAACGGGGAAUAAACAGACACUAAACAUAUUCAAUCACAGCUUGUCAAGUCAAUCACAGCACAAAGUGAACAAACAGAAACAUCUUUUUGGGUACAAAUGCAAAGAAGCAGAUCAUUGAAAACAUCCUUGUAAAAAGUACAUUUGAAGUUUGUUAAUUAUCAGUGAUGUAAAUCGACAGUAUAUAGAUGAGAAAAUGGCAUUUGUGUGCGAGACAAUCUGUAUUUUCCUUUUAUACACUCAAUGUGAUCCAUUAACACCACGUCUUAAACACACAAAAACACAACUUGGCCCUACAUAUACUAUAUAUUAUAUAGUAUAUAUGUAUACUAUAUAUAUAAAUAUGACAUUUUUUCUCAGAUGGUGUUGCCGUAUAAACUGUAAAUAAAUUGUUUCUUGUGUUUUA